UGGCCGGCAAGCCCGGCGGCGCGGUGUCUUGAGCGGUGCGGGCUCAGCCCUCCUCCUCGUCCGCGUCGACGUCUCCCGCGCGGCGGGCAGUGCCGGGGAGCCGAGCCAGGAGCGCAGCCGGAGACCCCGAGGCGCAGCCCCAACCCCACCCGCCGGCCAUGGACCCCAAGGACCGCAAGAAGAUCCAGUUCUCGGUGCCCGCGCCCCCCAGCCAGCUCGACCCCCGCCAGGUGGAGAUGAUCCGACGCCGCAGACCCACUCCUGCCAUGCUGUUCCGGCUCUCAGAGCACUCCUCCCCAGAGGAGGAGGCCUCCCCCCACCAGAGAGCUUCCGGAGAGGGGCACCAUGUCAAGUCGAAGAGAACCAAUCCCUGUGCCUAUACACCCCCCUCACUGAAAGCUGUGCAGCAGCGCAUUGCUGAGUCCCACCUGCAGACCAUUAGCAACUUGCGGGAGAACCAGGCCUCGGAGGAGGAGGAUGAGCUGGGGGAGUUACGGGAGCUGGGUUACCCAAGAGAGGAGGAGGAGGAGGAAGAAGAGGAUGAUGAAGAAGAAGAUGAAGAAGAAGACAGCCAGGCUGAAGUCCUGAAGAGCAUCAGGGGGUCCGGUGGGCAGAAGAUAACCUGUGGCCAGGGUCUGGAAGGGCCCUGGGAGCGCCCACCCCCACUGGAUGAGCCCCAGAGAGAUGGAAGUUCUGAGGACCAAGAAGAAGAUACAAGAGCACUAAGUGAGCCUGGGGAGGGACCUCAGCGCCCUGGCCCCCCUGAGCCUGGCACAUAAGCUUCUAGUCCUGCAUCUCCCAGGACGGAAGUGGAGGCAUCCCUAGAAAUCUACUCUGUCCCCAUCUUGCUUUGUACCCUUCCCCUCAUCUGCUAGGGCUGUGGCUUCUGACUUCUAGAAGACUAAGGCUGGUCUGUGUUUGCUUGUUUGCCCAAACUUGGCUGAUGCCCAGAGUUCCCCAAUAUAUAUCCCUGCCAGUCCUCCCUCCAUUCACCCAGUGAGAAGUGGGAUAUGAGGGAAUCCACAAUAGAAACAUCAGGAAACCAGAAGUAAUAAUUCUACUCCCCAGAUCCUCUCCCCUGGGCACCGGAGACCCACAGGGCAGGACCCUAAGAUCUGGGCAGAGGACCUGCAGGUGUCCUUAGCUCUUCUUCAUCUCCCCCCCCCCCGCCCCCGCCUCACUGGGACCUCAAGUUACCACUUCUCUCAAAGGCCUCUACAGGGUCCAGGACUCAGCCAUUUUUUCUCCACAGUCUCAACAUUUUGGACAUCUUCCCCUAUUGCCCCUGCCCCUCCUGGGUGCCUGGAAGAUGGACUGGCAGCAGCUGCUUUGUUAUGUUUUUUUUUUGUGUGUGUGUGUUUGUGCUUUGAUGCCAGGAAUGCAGCCUAAUAUAUAUAGUAAACAUCCCUACAGGGAGCACACAGUGUGGGGGAGCCAGGUUCUCCUUGUUCUCCAGCUGCUCUGCCCCCUUCCCCCUUUUCCCUGACUCCAUACCCAAACAUCUCCUCUGCUGUAAUAAAUCUUUGUAAAUAA